UGGAGAUCCGUACAGUGAGGCGUGUCCUGUUGCCCGGUUUAAGAGGAAGAAGCGCAUGAAAGUUUACUUUUAAGUAAAUAUAAAUAUAGUACACGCUGUUUGUAUGACAUCUAAGUGCUAAAAUAUUAACGAGGACCAGUGAUGCCACUGGUUGUCCCCAGGGUGCUAAAUAGUGUUGCACAAGAACAUCAUGGGUACAGCUUCAUCUUUAGUAAGCCCUGGGGAUGUGAUUGAGGAUGGGUACGGGGCCGAGGGUGGGGAAGCAUGUGAGAUUCCUGUGGAAGUUAAGCCAAAAGCACGAUUGGUACGCAGCUCAUUCCGGCGUGGUCCACGGGUCAUCGGUGCCAGUUUCAAAUCUACAGGCUCUGUGGAGCUGGAGUAUGCUGCUGAAUAUGAGCGUCUCCGGAAGGACUAUGAGAUCUUCCGUGUAAGCAAGAACAAUGAGAUAGCAGCCAUGCAGAAGAAAGAGGCAAAGCUGGAUGAGGAAAACAAGAGGCUACGUGCCGAGUUGCAGGCCUUGCAAAAGACCUACCAGAAGAUUCUCAGGGAGAAGGAAACUGCUGUGGAGGCAAAAUACCAGGCAAUGGAGAGAGCAGCCACCUUUGAACAUGACAGAGACAAAGUGAAACGGCAAUUUAAGAUCUUCCGUGAGACAAAAGAAAAAGAAAUUCAGGAUCUGUUAAGGGCAAAGCGUGAUCUGGAGUCCAAACUGCAGCAACUCCAAGCUCAGGGAAUCCAACUGUAUGAACCUAUUGACUCUGACUCUGAUGACAUCCACACAGGUGUUACAACUGCAGGGACUCAGUGUGAGUACUGGAGUGGAGGCAUUCUGGGUAGUGAGCCUUCCAUGGGGAGUAUGAUGCAGCUGCAGCAGGGCCACAGAGGGCCUGAGUUUGCCCACAGUCUCAUUGAUGUGGAGGGGCCGUUUGCCAAUGUCAGCAGAGAUGAUUGGGAUGCAGCAGUGGCCAGUCUGAUGCAGGUUUCUCCUCAUGUGUCUCAAGCUUUAUGGAGUAACACAGUCCGCUGUUACCUCAUCUACACCCAAGAGACUAGGGCCGAACUCCAUGCCUUUAUACAGAUUCAUUCCCCAGGUUUGAAGAGAUUUUGUGAGAAUUUGGGCCAUUUCUACUUAACUGUGUGUUUCCCUGAGGAAAAAGCUGCUCUUUACAUGACUGAACGGCAGCUGGAGCUUGAGAGGAGCUCAGUGUGUGUGCUGCUGCUCAAGUCCUCAGUGUCCCGCUGUGUAAUGGAAGAUGUGGAGGAGGCAUUCGUGCGCACUCCAGACAAUCAUCCUUUGCUAGUGUAUCUAAAUACAGGAGAAAACAAAGCAGACGAAGAAGCUUCCUGUCUGAGCUCGGCCACUAGAGACCUGUUGGAGAAAGUUAACAAUGCAGACAAGGCCGCUAAGGUUAAGGUGGUGGACCACUCAGGUUCUGCAGAAGAGGGAGCAGCACUUAUUUAUGCUCAGCUAGAGAAGAUUAUAAAGCAGGAACUGUUGGGGUUAGAGCUGGAUGACAGCACAGGACUGGAGGAGAGAGAAGAAUCAGACUCUGGUGAUGUGCUGUGGGAUUUACAUGAUGAACAGGAGCAGACUGAAGCCUACCAGCACAUCUGCAAUGCUUCAGCUAGUCUCAGCUUCCAGAAGUACAUUGAUGUACUGAAUGAUAUGGUUGCUGCUCCUCCCCCGACUCCUCCUGUACUAGUGUCAGGAGCACCAGGCUCGGGCAAAUCGCUCCUUCUUGCUAAAUGGAUAGAGCUCCAGCACAAACACUCCCCCAACACACUGAUCCUUUAUCACUUUGUGGGUCCUGCUUUAUCCACCAGCGCAGAGCCUGUCCUCAUCAUCAAACGCCUCACUGUGAAGCUUUUGCAGCAUUUCUGGUCACUCUCAGGCUUGUCCAUGGACCCCUGUAAGAUCCUGGAGGAAUUUCCUCGGUGGUUGGAGAGAUUGUCCUCACGCCAUCAUGGCAACAUCAUUAUUGUCAUUGACUCCAUUGACCAAAUCCAAAAUGCAGAGCGACAUAUGAAGUGGCUGAUUGAUCCACUUCCUGCUAACGUCAGGGUUCUGGUGUCUGUCAACGUUGAGUCGUGCCCACAAGCCUGGAGGCUGUGGCCAACUUUACACCUGGAUCCUCUCAGUCCACGAGAAGUAAAAAGUGUCCUCAACACAGAGUGUGUGAACACCAACACCAAACCAACAAAAGAGCAGGAAGGGUCAUUGAUGCCGUACACUGUUCUGUCACAGGAGAAGAAAUUAGAAAGACACUGUCGUUCUGCCUCCACCUGCAAUGCACUGUAUGUCUCGCUGCUGGCCAGACUCCUCACCUACACUAGAUCAUCGUGGACACUGGAUAGAAUGCUACAACAGAGUGUGUUAUGUCAGGACACAGUGGCUUUGUACAGACUCUGCCUAAAGGUGGUAGUGGAUUCACUGAACACAGACAGAGAAAGGCACAUCACAAGAGAAUUAUUGUGCCUGCUCUGUGCCAGUCAUAAUGGUGUUAGUGAAUCUGAAGUCCUGGAUAUUUUUCCUGAGCUACAUUUCCCAGCGCUCUCCUGUCUGCUCUACAACCUGCAAAGGCUCCUCAUGAUCAACUUCAGCUGUGGCCUUGUUCGCUUUCAGCACCCACAGGCAAGUGAGGCUGUAAUGCAGGAGUUCUUCAACGGAGGAAGAUGUUGCUCUUUGUACAGAGAGAAACUUAUUCAGUAUUUUAACCAGAAGCUUAGUGACAACACAGUGACUUGGCGUGUUGCUGAUGAGUUGCCAUGGUUGCUGCAGCAACAGGGAGAAAAGUGUAAACUACAGCUCAGUCUGCUCAACCUGUUUGUCUCCCAGAAUCUCUACAAGAGGGGUCAUUUCUCAGAGCUGCUGGCAUAUUGGCAGUUUGUUGGGAAAGAUAAAGUGUCCAUGGCAGCUGAAUAUUGUGAUGCUCUGAAGGAGUUUGAGCGGAACUGUGAGAGUGAAGAAAGCAUGAGCAGACUGGCCAACCUGUAUGAGACCCUUGGUCGGUUCCUUAAAGACCUGGGGCUCCUAAGCCAGGCAGUUGCACCCUUGCAGCGCUCUCUAGAGAUUCGUGAGACAGCUCUGGAUCCAGAUCACCCAAGUGUGGCCCAGUCACUGCACCAGCUGGCUGGAGUUUACGUCCACUGGAGAAAGUUUGGUAAUGCAGAGCAACUGUACAAGCAGGCACUGGAGAUCAGCGAGAAUGCGUAUGGAGCUGAGCACUCGAGUGUGGCGAGAGAACUCGACUCGCUCUCACUUCUCUACCAGAAACUAAACAAGUAUGAGCAGGCUGAGAAGCUGCAUAAGCGAUCAGUCAAGAUCAGGCAGAAAAUGGCUCGGCAAAAAGGCCACAUGUACGGGUUCACUCUCCUGCGUCGUCGAGCUCUGCAGUUGGAAGAGUUGACUCUCAGUAAAGACUCAGCUGACUGUGCCAAGACUCUCAAUGAACUCGGUGUCCUUUACUACCUCCAGAACAAUAUUGAUGCAGCGAAAGUGUUCUUGCUGCGUUCGUUGGAGAUGCGGCAGCGUGUUUUGGGGGUUGAUCACCCGGACUGUGCGCAGUCUCUGAAUAAUCUGGCUGCCCUGCACUGUGAGAAGAGGGAUUACGAGAGCGCUGAGCAGCUGUAUGAGAAAGCACUGGAUAUCCGCAAGCGAGCCCUCGCUCCAGACCACCCAUCUCUCGCCUAUACCCUUAAACACCUUGCCAUGCUCUACAAGCGCAGGGGGAAGCUGGAGAAGGCUGUGCCUCUCUAUGAGUUGGCUCUUGACAUCCGAGAGAAGAGCUUUGGGCCCAAACACCCGAGUGUGGCUACAGCUCUGGUUAACCUUGGUGUCCUCUACUGCCAACUGAAGAAACACAAUGAGGCAUUGCCACUGUAUGAGCAUGCACUCCAAGUGUAUGAAGACAGCCUCGGAAGACAGCACCCUCGAGUAGGAGAGACUCUGAAAAAUCUGGCAGUGCUCAGUUACGAGGAAGGAGAUUUUGAGAAAGCUGCUGAGCUCUACAAACGAGCCAUGGAGAUCAAGGAAGCUGAAACAUCGUUGGUGUGUGAGAAAGCGCCAUCUCCUCACUCAUCCAACGGCGACACGUUCAGCUUGCGAAGCCCCAGCCUUCUACCUCACAAUGGCAGGUGACCUCUAGUGAGGUCCAACACCUCCAUCCACCGUCAACAGGCAAAACUGACUUGUGUCAUAAACCAAAGCAAAGUUCUGGUGGAAGCAAGAACACUUUUGCCUUUUGAGAAAUAAAAUGUGAACUAAAUGGUAAUUUCUGUUACUUGUCAUGUACCGGUACAUUGUAAAUAAUACCAUAUAAAAUGUUUUGUAUGAAGAGAUGUUUUUUUUGGCUUCAGUCAACUUUAUUGUAAAAAACAAUGUGUUGUUCUUCUGUACUGUACUUCAGUGUUCCAUGUGAAAACAUCUUUAAAUACUUACUUUAAAAGCUAAUGUGGGAACAUGUGCAUAGAUCUGUAACAUUAAACAGGUGACGCCUGAAGUGUAAACAACUUGUACAUUUGACAGAGCCAUAAAACACAAAGCUGCUGAUGAGAAGUGUGUGAUGUAUGAGUUUGAGCAAUCAGCGACUGUAAAUGUUAACCAUUUAAAAGUGUGGUGUUUUUUUAACCGAGGGGUGUCACAUUUCUCAUACACGAAUCCUUUGGUAUACAUGAUGGUACAUAUAUUCAUCUAAAUUCUUAUAAGGCAAAUGUGUGUUCAUGUUAUGUUACAGCUAACAUUUUAUAAGAAAGAUCAUAAAAUGUUAUUUUAUUUGUUUUCUGUUUUAUAUUUGUGCUUUGUUAAUAGUUAAUAAAAAUUCCUGAACAUUAAAGAAUAGUUUUUUUAAAUCAAAAAUCCAUCAUGAGUUAUUGAAUGAACUUUCUCUGUAUAUUGAGUCCAUCCUCAAAGUGCAUACAGGACCAGCUUGUGCCUUUGGAUAAACCCCUUACAGAUUAUUAUUAUUAUUAUUAUUAUUAUUAUUAUUAGAAUGAACAUGGUGUAUGUGGAAUAGUUUAAUGUUUUUUAAUCAUUUACAGUCAUUUCAGAAUGGAAGUUAGUCUACCGCAAUAAAGUGAUAAAAAUACUGGAUUAAAGUUCUUAUCUGGAGGCAAACACUAAAUAACCAUAAGGAGUUCAUGUGCAACUGUUAAUAAGGUGCAUUAUUUAAUGUCAGAAUGCCAUUUAGUGUUUAAUGACCAAUGUUUAAUAAACAACAUGAAUGUGGA